CAGAGUCUGUUGGACAAUCUGAAGUUUCUCACACACGUCAUUCGUGUGGAGAAACUCUGUGUAUAUAGGUCAGUGCAAAAGAUCUCUUUUCACUCAACACGCUGAAAACAUGAAGGGGGUCAUCGCUCUUCUCCUGGCAGCUCUGUGCUUCGAGGGACUCAAUGCAGAAUGUCCCGACCCAGCCACACUGAAAGAUGACUAUGGAAGCAAGCUCUGUGCCCAGAUGUUUGAGGACAGCAGCUACUACUAUGAUGAAAGCUGUACUGGCAGUUUCCUGUACGUUUAUCCCGAUGAAGACAUCCCCAUCAUGUCAUGGGCUUGGAAUAACCGGCUUUCUUCUCUUGUGGUGGGCCGAGGCUGCUCCCUGACUGUGUGGUCUAAAUCCAAGAAGGAAGGAUAUAAGAAGAAGUUUUCUGCUGGCAUCGUGUACCACCUUAAAGAAGUGCAGAAAGGCCUUUUUGGAGACUGGAACGAUUCCAUCUCAGGAUACUACUGCACCUGCUAGACGUGAAGCAUGAAGGCUGAAGACAGAGGCUGAAAGGACAUUAAGAUAUAAUGUCAAAGACACAAGAGAACAGCUGUAACCCUGGUAAAUCUGUUUUCAGAUGUAAAAUUCUGCUCUGUAAUUCUGCUUGAUUCCUGCAAGUGAAUUAAACACCACAUGUUGCUGCAGGGAAUCUCUGUAUGAACAUGAUGCAGAAACAUUCAAGACCUGGUGCGUGAUUCUUUUUUAUUGAAUUAAAUGUAAUGAAACAGUCUCACAAGGGUUUUGAAAGUAUUGCAAGAUUGAGUCAAGUUUUGAAACCUAACCUUUUAGUAAAAUGAGUUAAUAAAACCAACAUCAGUGCUUGAAAUUUGAAAGCGAAAUCUAAUUUCACUUUUAUGCAUUGUUAUUCCUGAAAGUGAACACAUUCAAAAGUAGGUAAAUAUCAAAACCAUUAUACAGCAGUUCCAACAGUUCAAAAAGAAAUAAUCCAUGCAUCUAGUCGUUCAUGAAAAACAGAUAUUUGCAACUGCUACAUAAAACUUUAAACCUUCAGAAUGUGUCUUAGUCAACCUGAAAAUGUUCAUGUCUCAUAUUUUCAUGGAUUUAUUCUCUUUCUCUCUCUCUAUGAGGGGACACUUAAUUUCUAGCGAUUAUCGCCGAUUUGAUUGCACAGAUACUAUUUAAACUAAACUGAGCUAGACAAUGACAUCUCUGAAUUCAAUAAUGAAAUGCCUUUAACUGAAAAUUGAGUGUUUAAUCUUAUCAUUAUACAUUACUGACACUCUAUCCUCCAAUUUGAUACUGUUAAGUGCUUUGACACAAUUUGUAUUGUUAAAAGCGCUAUAUAAAUAAA